UCCUUUGAUAACCGGGACUGUUCAGGCUUACUUUGAGGAAAUCUGUCAAAAGCGGAUCAAAGACAUGGUUAGCACUGUGAGGACUAGUCGAAUUCAACCAAACUGGAUUGGCGACACUCUCUGGGUUACGAUGGAGGAUUACUGGGACACUGAAGAAGCACAAGAAAGGAGUAAAACCUACUCUGAUGCCCGUAUGUCUGACCGUAACGGCCUAGGUCCUCACGUCCACCUCUCAGGGCCAAAGUCGUAUCGACAGCUUCAAGACGAAAUGGUUGAGGAAUUGGGAAGAGAAGUCCGACUUGGUGAGGUUUUUAUCAAGGCACAUACAAAUCCUGAUAGUACAUAUGUUGAUCGGAAGGCAGAGAAGAUUGCAGAAACUUAUGAGAAGACUGUUCAAGAGAGGUUGUCUCAGCUCGAGGCAGAGUCUUUUGCUGUGUCAGAUGGAGAAUCACGGCCACGGGACCUCACAACAGAAGAAUAUACAGAAAUUUUCCUUGAGUUGAAGGAAGCUCAACACAUGAUAGCUCAACUGCAUAGGCGUGAUGCAGAAAUAGUUGCACGUGAAGCUGAGCAAUCCAAAGUUAUUGCUGCCCAAAAGGACAAGAUUGACCAAUUCUCCAUCGUCCAGGAUUUUCUGAGGGAAUGUGAUCUGCGGUUUCAGAAUUUUGUUGCAAGCCAUUCAGCUAAAGAGACAACCACAGAACCUCUUCCCCAAAAUGAUGCAACUCCAACUCCAUCAACUGCUGCUUAA